AUGGAUAAAUUUGUAAUUCAUUUUACUGGCACCACUUCGGUGAAUGAACACCCAAAGAAAAAAUCUAAAUUAAAUAUCAGACGUCUAUAUCAUGAAGAUUAUUUAAACAUAGGAUUUUCUUGGUCUGGUAAUGUAGAUGAUCCACGUCCAUGGUGUGUAGUAUGUGGCGAAAAACUAUCCAAUGAAUCAAUGGUUCCAAGUAAACUAAAACGUCAUUUUUCCACCAAGCAUUCUCAUUUGGUCGACAAAAAUGCUUCAUAUUUUCAACGUUUACUAAAAUCAGAAACACGACAAUCUGAAAAAAUGACAAAAAUUGUGACCAUUUCUGAUAAAACUCAAGAAGCUAGUUAUCUAGUAGCAGAACUUGUAGCUAAACAAAUGAAACCACACACUAUAGCAGAAAAACUUAUUUUACCUGCUUGUCGUGAAAUCGUAAAAGUACUCUUUGGUGAAGAAGUUGAAAAAGAAGUAUUAAAAAUUCCAAUAUCUGACAACACCAUUAGUAGGCGUAUUGAACACAUGUCUGAAGAUAUUGAAGAACAAGUAUUGCAACAAUCCCGUGACUCUCCAUUAUUUGCAUUACAACUGGACGAGUCAACUGAUAUAAGUGGACAAGCAAAACUUUUGGUAUUUAUACGUAUAGUUUCCGACGAAGACAUCGUGGAAAAUUUUUUGUGUUGUAAAACACUUCCUGAGAUAACUAAAGGUGAAGACAUUUUCGAAAUCGUCGACAAGUAUCUGAAAUUUGCAAAUUUACCAUGGGAUAAAUGCAUUGGAGUAUGUACCGACGGAGCUCCCGCGAUGACUGGUUCAGUCAAAGGUUUUACUUCUUUUACCAAGAAAAAAAAUGAAAAUAUAAUUUUCACCCAUUGUUUUCUACAUAGAGAAGCCCUUAUGACAAAAACAUUGGUAGGUGAUUUAAGGGAAGUUUUGGAUCAAGUUGUGAAAGUGAUAAAUCAUAUUAAAAGUAGUUCACUAAAGUCAAGGUUGUUCGAAAAAAUGUAUGAAGGUAUGGAUUCAGAUAACUCAAAGUUACUUUUUCACAGUGCAAUAAGAUGGUUAUCAAGAAGCCGAGUAUUAUCACGUUUUUAUGAUUUGAGUGAAGAAAUAAUUGUAUUUUUAACAAUAGAAGAAUCGAAAUACGAAUUUCUUGGAGAUGAAAAGCGCAUAAAUGUUAAAGACUAUGACUGGGUGCGGAAUCCAUUCAGUGUAUCAGUUAAUGAGGUGAUUGGUUUGACAUUUGCCGAAGAAGAUAAUCUUAUCUCAUUGAAAAAUGAUCGUACAUUGAAGUUAAAAUUUAAGGAAAUGACCCUUAACAAAUUUUGGAUCUAUGCUCAAGCAGAAUUUCCUGAAAUAUCUUUAAAAGCAAUAACAAUUUUACUACCAUUUUCCACAUCGUAUCUAUGCGAACAAGGAUUCUCAGCAGUCACAACAAUAAAAAGUAAAAAAAGAGAACGACUUCGAUCCGUAGAAGAAGAACUAAGAGGGAACUUGUCGACUGUUCGUCCUCGAAUAAAACACUUGUGCAACACACGUCAAGCACAAAUAUUUCAUUAA